UGAAGGUGAAUGUUCUCUCGUGUCAGUCAGCAUUUGCUGUCAAUGGCUUUCAUGAUUUAUUUUAUUUGAAUGUCUGGGCUUUUUACACUUUCGUCCAAAGAAACCAAUAAUGGAUAUUCUAUGGAUUUUAUGGAUAAUACCCACUGUAAUAGCUGUAGAAGAAACACUAAUGGACUCUACCACAGCGACAGCUGAGCUGGGCUGGACAGUCUAUCCCGUGUCAGGUUCCAGUGACAACAGCUGGGAGGAGGUGAGUGGAUACGACGAGAACAUGAACACCAUCCGCACCUACCAGGUGUGCAACGUGUUCGACAACAACCAGAACAACUGGGUCCGCACCAAGUACAUCCGGCGCCGGGGUGCACAGCGGAUCCACGUGGAGAUGAAGUUCUCCGUGCGAGACUGCAGCUCCAUUCCCAACGUGCCCGGCUCCUGUAAAGAGACUUUUAACCUGUACUACUAUGAGUCAGACUCGGACACGGCCAACAAGGUGUCCCCGGCCUGGAUGGAGAACCCCUGGAUCAAGGUGGACACCAUCGCAGCCGACGAGAGCUUCUCCCAGGUGGACCUGGGUGGCCGGGUGAUGAAGAUCAACACAGAGGUGCGGAGCUUUGGCCCCGUGUCCAAACACGGAUUCUACCUGGCCUUUCAGGACUACGGCGGCUGCAUGUCACUCAUCGCCGUGCGAGUCUUCUACCGGAAGUGUGCCCGCGUCAUCCAGAACGGGGCCGUGUUCCAGGAAACCCUGUCGGGGGCGGAGAGCACCUCUCUAGUGGCAUCGCGUGGCGUGUGUAUCCCCAACGGGGAGGAGGUGGACGUGCCCAUCAAGCUCUACUGCAACGGGGAUGGCGAGUGGAUGGUGCCUAUUGGGCGCUGCAUGUGCAAGGCUGGCCACGAGGCUGUGGAGAACGGGACUGUGUGUAGAGCUUGUCCAUCGGCCUUCUUCAAGCCUAUACAGGGUGAUGCAUCCUGCAUGCAGUGUCCAAUCAACAGCCGUACCACCAACGAAGGAGCCACUAACUGUGUGUGCCGCAACGGUUACUAUCGCACCGACUCAGAUCCCAUCCAGAUGCCCUGCACAACGGUGCCGUCUGCUCCUCAGAAUGUUCUGUCCAUCGUGAAUGAGACGUCUCUGAUGCUGGAGUGGCAGCAUCCUAGGGAGUCAGGUGGUCGUGAAGACGUGGUCUUCAACAUCAUCUGUAAGAGCUGUGGAGGGGGCCGCGGAGGCUGCACGCGCUGUGGCGACAACGUCCAGUUUGUACCCCGCCAGCUGGGUCUGACUGAGCCCCGGGUCUACAUCAGUGACCUGCUGGCCCACACACAGUACACCUUCGAGGUGCAGGCCGUCAACGGUGUCUCUGACCAGAGCCCCUACUCACCACAGUACUCCUCCGUCAACAUCACAACCAACCAGGCUGCUCCGUCGACGGUGUCCAUCAUGCACCAGGUCAGUCGUACCGUGGACAGCAUCACUCUGUCCUGGUCUCAACCAGACCAGCCCAAUGGAGUCAUUCUGGACUAUGAACUGCAGUACUACGAGAAGGACCAGACCGAGUACAACUCAACCAUCAUAAAGAGCCAGACCAACACAGUGGUCAUCCGCGGUCUCAAAUCAGGGGCAAUCUAUGUGUUCCUGGUUCGCGCCAGGACCGUGGCCGGAUUUGGACGCUACAGUGGCAAGCUCUACUUCCAAACCAUGACUGAAGAGGAGUACAACACCAGCAUUCAGGAGAAGCUGCCUCUCAUCAUCGGCUCUGCAGCUGCAGGUCUGGUCUUCCUCAUUGCAGUGGUUGUUAUUGUCAUCGUCUGCAACCGGCGUGGCUUUGAGAGGGCAGACUCAGAGUACACAGACAAGCUGCAGCAUUACACCAGCGGCCACAUGACUCCAGGAAUGAAGAUAUAUAUUGAUCCGUUUACAUAUGAGGACCCCAACGAGGCGGUGAGGGAGUUUGCUAAGGAGAUUGACACUUCCUGUGUGAAGAUUGAGCAAGUCAUUGGCGCAGGAGAGUUCGGAGAGGUAUGCAGUGGGAACCUGAGGCUCCCAGGCAAGAGGGAGAUGUUUGUGGCCAUCAAGACGCUGAAGUCGGGCUACACAGAGAAGCAGAGGCGGGACUUCCUGUCUGAGGCGUCCAUCAUGGGUCAGUUUGACCACCCCAACGUGAUCCACCUGGAGGGUGUGGUCACCAAGAGCGCCCCCGUCAUGAUCAUCACUGAGUUCAUGGAGAACGGAUCACUGGACUCUUUCCUCAGACAAAACGACGGUCAGUUCACAGUGAUCCAGUUGGUGGGCAUGCUGCGUGGCAUCGCCUCUGGCAUGAAGUACCUGGCCGACAUGAACUACGUCCACCGCGACCUGGCCGCACGCAACAUCCUGGUCAACAGCAACCUGGUCUGCAAGGUGUCCGACUUCGGCCUGUCCCGAUUCCUGGAGGACGACACGUCAGAUCCCACCUACACCAGCGCCCUGGGAGGGAAGAUCCCUAUCCGAUGGACAGCCCCUGAAGCCAUCCAGUACAGGAAGUUCACGUCCGCCAGUGAUGUCUGGAGCUACGGCAUCGUCAUGUGGGAAGUCAUGUCCUAUGGAGAGAGACCUUACUGGGACAUGACCAAUCAAGACGUGAUCAAUGCCAUCGAGCAGGACUACCGGCUGCCCCCCCCCAUGGACUGCCCCUCGGCCCUGCACCAGCUCAUGCUGGACUGCUGGCAGAAGGACCGUAACAACCGGCCCAAGUUCAGCCAAAUUGUCAACAACCUGGACAAGAUGAUCCGCAACCCCAACAGUCUGAAGGCCAUGACCCCUCUGUCAUCAGGUGUCCAUCUUCCUCUCCUGGACCGCAGUGUUCCAGACUUCUCCAGCUUCAGUACUGUGGACGAGUGGCUAGAUGCCAUCAAGAUGGGCCAGUACAAAGACAACUUUGCCAAUGCUGACUUCGCCAGCUUUGAUGUGGUUUCCCAGAUGACCAUGGAUGACAUCCUGAGCGUGGGCGUGACGUUAGCAGGCCACCAGAAGAAGAUCCUGAACAGUGUGCAGAUGAUGCGUGCCUCCAUUAACCAGAUCCAGUCUGUGGAAGUUUGACCAUCCAGAAUGGAGCAGAGGAGAGCAGAUGAGAGGAGAGCAGAUGAGAGGAGAGGAGAGCAGAUGAGAGGAGAGCAGAGGAGAGGAGAGCAGAGGAGAGGAGAGCAGAUGAGAGGAGAGCAGAUGAGAGGAGAGGAGAGCAGAUGAGAGGAGAGGAGAGCAGAGGAGAGGAGAGCAGAGGAGAGGAGAGGAGAGCAGAGGAGAGGAGAGCAGAGGAGAGGAGCAGAGAAGAGGGGAUUGGGAUGCAAGGCUCUGGGUUCAUGGAUGGAGUGGAGGUGUUUUUGCUUGACUGUGAAACAUGUCUUCCUACAAACUACCGUCCUUCCACGGUCCCCUUUUUCAAUCCCUCUCCUGUCCUCCUCUAUCCCCUCAUCCAAAGUCCCCAUAACCUUUCAGGAUCAGCUCUGAAGGUUUGUGGCCAGCGGGUCUACAUGACCAGACAUCAAUCAAUGUGGCCAACAAGGUUCCUUCUUGGAACCAGGAUCAUGAGAGGUUACUGACCAGCGACAUAUUUCUACUUCCAUCUUCCACCUCGUUUUUUUUUUACGGUGAACCUUUUUCUUACAUUUUUUGGUUUGUUUGAUUUAAGAAUUUUGUAAAUAAUUUUGUAAAGAAAAAAAAGUUGAGAAAACUCAAGGAGUCUAUAAGUAUAGAUGUAAACUAGGUGAACUGACUAGAAAGACUACCCUUUAAAAGGGCAACAGACAAGAAGACAAUGAAAAAUGGGAGAUUUCAAGACCAUCACUUUCAAAAAGAAAAUGAAAUAUUAUAUGUUUUUUUUUUAACUUCAGAAACAGGAAACAAACAUAAAUCUUUGCUGCCUCCCCAAAAGCAAACAGCAGAAUAGACUGAGGAACUUUAUCUACACUCCAUGGUUGACUUGGACAUCUUUUGGUAGAAACUACUACCAUGAACAACCAACUUAUAGCAACACUUAAAAAAUUAAAACAAAAUACCUUUUCUCAUAACAAGUCAUUUCAUUUUUCUGUGUGAAAAUGUUGAAGAUUUUCUUUCACCAUGCUUCCUCUCACCGUGGGAAAGUUUAUAUUUUUUUCAAUGAAAACAUCACAACCUGCCAAGUGGAACAUCCUCCCUGUGUACCUCAGAUGAUGUCAUGAUCCUGUACAUAUCAGAUGCACUUGACAAUGGGACUGUGAUGUCAUCACUAUGAGCCGGACAUAGUUACUAAGACCUGGAAGUGAUGGAUUUAAAUUGUUUCUUUGGGUGACUAGAGGGAGGUUUUUCUUUGUUAUUAUUCAUUUCAUUUUCAUUUUUGCAAAAUGUUAGUUGUGGAUUUUGAAGAAUCAGUGUAAUAAACAGCAAACAUACAGUACUUCCUCCAUGGAUGUAUGGAAAAAAAUGACAUAUUAUGGGUGUUUUCCCUAUAAUGUUUACAUAGGAGGGCACAUAUGUUUUGGUUGUCACAUUAUCUGCACUCUUGGAAAAACAGGUACUAUCUAGAACUUAAAAUGGUUCUUCAGUUGUCCCCAUAGGAGAACCCUUUGAAGAACCCUUUUUGGUUCCAUGUAAAAACCCUUUCCACAGAGGUUUCUACAUGGAACCAAAAGAGGUCCACCUGGAACAAAAAGGCUUCUCCUAUGGGGACAGCCGAAGGACCAUUUUGGAACCCUUUUUUUCUAAGAGUGUAGAGUUUACCCCCGUGUUUUAAACUUCACUGUGUGUGUGCGUGCGUGCGUGCGUGCGUGCGUGCGUGCGUGCGUGCGUGCGUGCGUGCGUGCGUGGCUAAAUGUGCUCUGUGUUACAAAGCAACAGCUCCCAAAGCUGAAGGGCUAGUGUUUGAUAGCAUGCUGAGUUAAUGAUUGAUUUCACAGAGCUUUGAUAUGUUACACUUUACAGAACACUGUCCUGUAAGCGCUUGGAUUUGAUACACUUUACAAAAUAUAAUGUGCUUACAUUAUAUUUAGCUUUUUUUCCAGAUUCUUUUUUUAUUUAAAGUAACAUUAUAUUGAAGUGUUAGGGUUUUAACACCACAUAUGGUUAUCUCACAUUGGUAUGGUCACGGACAAAUCUUUUCACGACUGGGCAGUAAGUAAAAUUAGCAUGGGAUAGUGGAUUAUUUUACGCAUAUUAUUAUAAUUAUUGUACAUCAUGGAUGAUGGGGAGCACUUGUGACAGCUUUUCCAAGUAGUCUAUUGGCAGGGUGUGUGAACACAGAUCGUACGAUACAAUGGGCCUCCAUGCCCUUGUGGAAUUUUAGGAAAUCAUUGUUGGUGCACAAAAAUUUCUGAUAAGUGGAGUCCUUGAGACUUCUAUUUUCAUUUUAUACAUACAUAAUGCAUUUACUGUAUGGCUUAUGUGAAUAGCUGUCUGAUGAAUGGAAAGCUAUCUAUCAUUAUCAAUGCCAUUGAGGCCGAUGUGUUGUUUG